UCCACUUCAAUGAUAUUAUUACCCUUUGUAUAUCUAUUAUCUAUGGUACGGUUAUUAUCAAAAUGAGCGGUCAACAUAUCCGUUAUGAUGAAUCUGACGAUUGUUUUUAUUCAAGUGAUAAUGAUGAAGAUUUACAAAUUGAUGCUCCUGAGAAAAAUACCUCUGACGACAGAGAGGAAGUAUUUGGUAUCUACUCUGACAAUGAAAGCAGUGAUAUUGCCAUGAGUGAUGUUGAAGAACAGGAGGACAAUGAUAUCCCGGACAUAAGAGCAUGGGGAAAAGGAAAAAAGAAAUAUUAUUCAACAGAUUAUGUUGAUAAGGACUAUAACACUUCCCACGGCAAAGAUGCCUUACUAGCUGAUAUAGAAGAAGAAGAGGCAAAACAAUUGCAGUUACAAUUAGUACAACAAUUGCAAGAUACAGAUUUUCAUUUUGAUAUGCUGCCAAAGCAGUGUAAAGAAGAUACAACAAAAUUUGAAGAAACUGUUAUUACUGAUGUAUCAAAUUUAACCAAACGCCAAAAGAUGGAUAUUUUUCGAGCAGAUGCCCCUGAAUUUUUUGGACUUAUUGGAGAUUCCAAAGAAAAGUUUAGCACAAUAAAAAAUAUCUUGAAGCUACUGAAAAAUAAUUUUACUACAAAUGGAGUAAAUGAGAGCGGAGCUUUAGAAUUUCUUUAUAAGCAUUUACAGUUGAUAUUAAACUAUUUGGUAAACAUUGGCAUAUAUUUGUUACUUAAAUCUCAAAAAGCUGCUAUUAAAACACAUCCGGUUAUUAAAAGAAUAUAUCAAUAUAGGCAGCUUUUGAAUAAAAUGGAUCAUGUUUUUCUUCAAUUAGGAAGCCAAGAAAUUGGAAUAAUUCCAUCAGAGUUUCAAGAAACUCAAAAUCAGCUUGGAUGUAAUAGAAAAUCUGCACAAGACCUUAGAACUCAACCAAAAGAAAAUAUCGUUGGAAAUAAUCAACUUAGUAUUUUAGUGAAAUCAAAGGCAAAUACUGAUGGGGUUGCAGAGUUAAAGAGACCCAUCUCUUAUCAAAUUGCUAAGAAUAAGGGAUUAUUACCACAUCGCAAAAAGGAACAGCGUAAUCCGAGAGUAAAGAACAGAAUGAAAUACAGAAAGGCUAAGAUUCGAAGAAAAGGAGCUGUAAGAGAAGUACGAAAAGAGUUAGUUAGGUACUCAGGUGAAAUAUCAGGAAUAAAGGCUACAGUUAAGAAAAGUAUUUCUAUUAAAUCUUAAGUAGAGGUGAAGAAAAAACAACUGCCACUUCUACAACUUUUUAAUAAUCAAUAUAAAUCAAUAAAUCCAACCUAUUGUAAUACAUUGUAAGUUAUUCAACAUGUGUUUAUAUAUAUAUAUAUCAAUAAUUAUAUAAUAAGGAUAAUAACA